AUGGAUUCCACCCUCAUCAUUCUUUGGGUGUUUACCUGGGUGGCAAUCGGCUUGAUUGUCCUUCGGCUGCUGCUGCGAAAGGUGAAAGGAUUGACGUUCGUCCUGGGCGAUUAUUUCGCAAUGGGCGCGAUUCUCUGUGCGCUUGUACGCCUCGCCUUGGUCCAUGUUAUUCUCAUCUGGGGAACCAACAAUAUGUCUACCACGUUCAGACAUACGCACCAUUUCACCCCCGAGGAGAUCCGUCGCAGAGAGAUCGCGAGCAAAUUUGUGCUCACCAAUCGCGUGUUCUAUAAUUCCUAUCUCUGGUUGCAAAAGUUGGUUCUGCUUGAUACCUACCGCAGACUGCUCAGGCAUCUUCGCUGGGAGAAGGCCACGAUGAUCUCAUAUAUUGGUAUAUUCGCAGCGACGUAUGUAACUGUACAGAUUGUGACUUUCACGGAGUGCGAUCCAUUCAACCAUUACUGGAUCGUAUUGCCAGAUCCUGGUAUAUGCUGCCAGGCACAGCUCCAAUUGAUCGUCCUCGGUGUCCUCAAUGUCAUCACGGACCUUAUGCUUAUCGCCUUGCCGAUUCCAAUUCUGAUUCUGGUUAAACGAUCCACUGUUGAAAAACUCCAGCUUGCGGUCCUCUUCGCCGUCGGCCUCUUUAUCGUCGCAAUCACCAUCGCUAGACUACCUCAAAAUGCGAAAAAUCCCACUGCACAAGUGAAUAGAACGACUUGGGCGUCCAUUGAGCUACUCGCUGCCGCUAUCGUCGCCAACGCUCCCGUCCUGUACGGACUCCUGAAGGGACAAAAAGAAAGGUCCAAGUACGCUGCAUCAGGAGCCGGAUCAACUGGGCCGUCGUCGCAGGGAUUCCAAAAGAGAUCAGCAAAUGAGCCCGAAUUUGAACUGCAAGGGACCCGUCACAGUAAGAGAGGGUCUGCUCUCGGUUCAAAGAUAUCAACCAGGACUUAUUUGGAGAUCGAUGGCGAGAGUAGUCAGUCGUUGACUCGAAGCUUGGAAAAGUAA